AUGCUUAGGACAACACCCUCGAGUACCGCUAGAGGUCUUCGGUUAUUGCACUCUUCGUCGGUUCUUUUCAAUGAGAGACCGCCAUCUUCGCCCAUGAAGGUGUUUUUCGACACUUUUAGACAAGAGGUGAAAAAAUCUGCAGAGUUGAAAGAAAACAUCAAGGCUCUUCAGGAUGAGUCUGGAAGAAUGGCCGAGUCCGAGGCCUUCAAAAGGGCUAAAGAGGCGUAUGCAAAAGCCCAAAAGGGAAGUUCAGCAGCUGGUGUGGUUGUGAAAAAGACUGCUGGUGCAGUUGGUGAUGUGGCGCAAAAGGCUUGGGAGUCGCCCGUGGGGAAAGGUGUGAGAACUACUGUUAGAGUCGGUGCCGAAGCUGCUGACAAGGCAUUUGAACCGGUGAGAAAGACACAGAUUUAUAAAGAUGUUUCCGAAGUGAUUGACGAUGGAUCCUCAACUGCAUAUGGUGGAUUCUUGACCAAGGAGCAGCGACAGGCGUUGAGACAAAAGGAGUUGGAGAGGAGGUUGAAGGAAGGAUACAAGGGUCCAGUUAGAGAGAAUGAAGAUGCUGGCGGUGCAUUAGUGGCAACUGAGCAAAAAGCAUCGGGCCCAUCAGUUGGUGAGAAAUGGGAAAACUUUAAACAAAAAUCAGCAUUGGGUAGAGGUUUGACUAUUCUUAAGGAGAAAUGGGAUGAAUCAGAGAAUGGACUCAUUAGUUUGGUUCGUACCAUAUUUGAGAAGAUUACUGGUUUUUUCGCUGAAACAGAACAAGCCAAGACUAUUAAGCAAUUGAAAUACAUGGACCCAUCAUUCAGACUCACGGAUUUCCAAAAGACUUUAACCAACUACAUAGUCCCCGAGGUUAUUGAUGCUUACAUUAAAAACGAUACAAAGAUUUUGAAAGAAUGGUUUAGCGAAGCACCAUACAAUGUGUGGGAAGCCCACAACAAGCAAUUCAUUCAACAAGGUCUCUUUUCCGACGGAAGAAUCUUGGACAUUAGAGGAGUCGACAUUGUUACUUGUAAAAUGCUCCAACCAAAUGAUAUCCCAGUUGUUGUUGUUAGUUGCAGAGCUCAAGAAAUUCAUUUGUACAGGAAAGCCAAGACUGGUGAAAUUGCCGCUGGUACGGAAGACCACAUUCAAAUGAGUACAUAUGCCAUGGUUCUCACAAGAAUUCCAGAAGAGUUUGAUAAUAAGACCACUGAGGGUUGGAAGAUUGUUGAGUUUGCCCGUGGUGGCUCAAGACCUUUCCAUUAG